CGUAUCCGUGUUAAAAUUUCGUUGACCAGUUUAAACAGGGAAGGUUUUUCAUUUCAUCUAUUAAGUAUACCUAAAUUAGUUUAGGCUUUGUAAAUGUAUAAGCUAGAUGAUUUAAUUCACUGAUAAGUGAUAACAAAUCUCACCUUCAACUUGAGUUCAAAUAAUACUAUGUAUAAGGGCAUUGUCCAGUACAUUUAUAUACCUACCUCUUCUCUUCCGGUCAUCAACAGUACAUACUUUGUAAUAACUCGUAUUUCAAGUGCAAUUUAUAGCCGGACAAUUUAUGUAUUCUUAAUUUUGUUUUCACCAAUUUAUUUUCAACUUUACAUUUAUGCUUACCUAUUUAUGCAGUGUAAUUUUUAAAAAUGAAACGCAGAAUGACCGGAAGCUGCUUAGUGACGAUUAUUUUGUUUUGUACGAUUUCAGCCCAAAAUAGCAGGACUAAUGUAAGAUUAAGAAAUGGAAAUGAAUCGAUUUCAGAUGAUGUCAAUAGUACUGAUUCGGCAGUCCUUCCAAAAAAAUGGAUUUCACAAAUAUUCUCCGAGGCGCAGAUGGCAUUUAAAAUGGAUCCAAGAGAAAAUACUGAAUGUGGAAAGGAUUUCGAAUUGUUCAAGUUGCAUCUUAAAAAUUAUUCUACAUGGGCAGUCAAGAUGAUGGAAUCGUCAGAAUGGCCAUUAGCUGGAAUUCUUUCUGGAACUGUCGAUUUUAUGGGCAAUUACGACGAAUGUUUGGCAAUUUCAUCCUACAACAUUUAUGGACGAUACUGCUUAGCUAAAGUGGCGUACCAUUAUUCAGAUAAUGUACAAAGUGUAGCACUACAGGAACCUGAUCAACGAAUUUCAGCUUGGAAUGCUCUAACUUUAAAUGACAAAAAUCCUGCUCGAGUCGAUAGAAAAAAGUUGACAUUCGCUUUAUGUGUACCAUCUUCAUGCACACCAAAUGAUUUAAAUGCAUCUCUGAAUAGCCUGCUGCGUACAAUAUUCAAAAAUAAUGGACUCGAUGUGACGGUAAAUGUGGAUCCUAUGUUUUGUAAAACACAGCAUGAUUUAACUUAUCCAUUAGGAUUUUAUGUCGCAGUAUCGUCCUUCGUAACGUUUUUCUUGUUCGUGAUUUGCUUGACUGUAUAUGAUGCUAUUAUUUCUGAUAAAUCUGAUGAUGUGGAAAGUAAUGGUACAUGCGCAGAUGAACAGAAAAGAUAUUUCUUGAAGGAAACAUCCAAAAAUUUCUCGCUGCUGAGAAACUUUAGAAAAUUAAAGCAAUAUCAUCCCAAAGAAUACGCAGCGCUACAUUUUAUGAGAGCCAUUAAUAUUUUAUUUACAAUUUACGGUCAUCGUUUCUUCUACACCCUGAGUUUUCCUUCAUCUAAUGCUUUUGUAAAAGAAGGAUUUUACACCAGCUUAACUAUAGUCUUAACACACAUGAACGUCGUUAUAGACUCUUUUUUCUCCAUUAGCGGUUUCUUGACGUUUCAAUAUGAAUUUGAACCUAUGAAGAGAGGUGGAAUGAUCUUCUUGUUUUUCAGUAUCCUGUUCAGAUGGAUGAGAAUGGUCUCAGUAUUUGGUGUUCUGAUGCUAUACAUCAUAUACGUAUUCCCAAGCACGGGAGAUGGUCCACUUUGGAAUUACGAAGCGACGAGCGAAGCUAACAGAUGCAAGGAAUCCUGGUGGGCUGGUUUAUUUGCCAUCAACAACAUUGUCAAAACUGAUCAGCUGUGUGUAACUGCAAGUUGGUACAUAUCGGUCGAUAUUCAGUUGGCUAUUAUUGGAGGAAUCUUAUUGUACAUUUUGUCAAAAAAUACAAAAAUUGGAAUCAUUGUAACCAUAGCGUCGUUCAUCGUUUCUAUUGUGGUGACUUUUAUUACCGCUUAUAAGAAUCAUUUCUACGGACUUGGGAGAAUUUUUUUAAAUACGUAUACAGAAGCUAGGAAUAACCCAGAGUUCACUGUUUUGUACAUUUCACCGUUUACAAGAUGUGGACCUUAUUUAUUCGGAUUUAUGACCGCCUAUGCUGUUAAUUUAUUGAAUAAAAACGAAAUCAAAUUUACCAACAAUCGAAUGAUAUGUUUAUUUUCAUUUCUGUCAAUUUCGAUUGGCGAAGCGUGUUCAUUUUAUGGACUUUUGUUCUACGAAAUCGACAGAAAAUAUGACAGAUUGGAACACUCCUUGUAUGCAGCUUUAAAUCAUGUGAUAGUCAUGUCUCCGUACGCUGUAGUGGGCUGUAUUUACUUCACUUCAGGAUUAGGUAUUUUUCUUAAUAAAAUACUCGAAUGGAAAGUAUGGAUUCCUUUUGGUCGUCUAAGCUAUUCAGUUUAUUUGAUAAACACUGUGAUUCAACUGUACCAAAUUUCUUCUCAAAAAGAACCGUUCACUUUACCUAGUAGAAUAAAUUUGGUGUGGUGGUUCUGGGGCGAUGUGAUAUGGUCUUACUUUUUGGGACUGAUUGUUCAUUUAUUUGUCGAAGCUCCAAUUUUAAAUUACAGAGCAUUAAUUAAGAAACAAUUAUUAAAAAUAUUUGUGAAGUCGAAACCUGAAGAACAAAAUCAAAAUCAUCAAAUGAAAACUUCAUGCACGUGAGCUUGAUGCUGUGAUUGUUUGUUUUCAACUACAUAUAAGUUACAUAAUAUGUACAUAUUUAUUUUCAUGUGAUUUAUCUUUAGAUUUUUGAGUCUUGAAUAAGAUGCACCCGGGGAAGUCAAAACGUUUUUUCACAAUUUCAACUUUGAUCAGCUGUUACUCUCGUACUAAUGAAUCAGUAUGGCUGAAAUUCGGUAUGUAGGUUUCCAUAAGGGUUCUCAACCUAUGGUGAAAAUUUCAGCGCGAUUGUCACAGUAGCUUUCGCACAAUCGAAUAAAAUGUAACUUGUUCUGACUUACCCCGCUUUGGGGUAAGUCAGAAAAUCUACAAAAUUAAUUGGCGAUAUUAGGAUUCGACCCUGAUCGAUGCGCAAUAUGUCGAAUAAUAUGUUUUUGAGGUCGUAGAAUCCGAAUCUGGAGUUAUUUUUUUGUAGGAGUGUGGGGUGAGGCGUGGGGAGAGGGAAAAUUUCAAAAUUUUCCUACAUUAUCAUGUAAUAUGUCGAAUAAUUAUGUUUUCGAGGUCGUAGAAUCCGAAUCUGGAGUUAUUUUUUUGUAGGGGUGGGAGGUGAGCCAAGGGGAGAGAGAGUAAAUUACAAAUUUUUAUAUUAAUGUGUAAUAUGUCGAUUGAUAUGUUUUUGAGGUCGUAAAUUCGAAUCUGGGGUUAUUUUUUCGCAGGGGUAGGAGGCGAGGCAAGGGGAGAGGAGAAAUUUCAAAUUUUGCCUAUAAUAUUGUGUAACAUGUUAAUUGAUAUGUGUUCAAGGUCGCAGAAUUCAAAUCUUGAGCUAGUUUUCAGGGUUGAGUGCUAUUCAAGUAUCAUCGUUUGGGGAGAGGGGGGUUGUGGCCUACUGUGCCCCUUAGAAGUUGGAACAGUAAUGAAAUGAGCUAACUAAUGAUUAUUUGAAAUACCUUCCGCUCAAAAACACGGAUGUGUAUGAAAAUGGCGAUUUGUAGAAAUUUCCCCCUCCAGCCUAUGGCAUUUUGGCUGUCAUUGUGGUAACUUCAGAAAAACAAUUCAUCUGACAAUUUAUUGUAGAGUUCAAAAAUGUAUUUGUAAAAAAUUGAAAAACUCAUGUAAGGAGAACAAAUAAUCAUCUUCUGAGAAAACAAAACAAAAAAUCCCCAAAACAUAGUAACACCACUCCAAAAUACACAUCUGACAUCAUCCUGCAGAAAAGAACACAUGAUAUUGCCUGAUUGUAUAGCAUUUUUUUUUUCAAAACAUGUUCUGAAUUCUUAUUUUAUAUAAAAAACUGUCAACUUCGAACAUCGGUGGUAUAAGAAAACAUUGAGAUAAAUAAAAACCAAAUUUGAAAUUUUUUACUUUCCUCAUUCUACCAAAAAACCAACUCCAGAUUCGAACUGUACAACCUCGAAAACAUCAAUCGACAUAUUACACCAUAAUAUAAGAAAAAUUUGAAAUCCCCCACCCAUACGAACCUACGAGCGACUCACCUUCCACCUUCACCACAAAAAAUGACUCCGGAUUUGAAUUCUACGACCUCGAAAACAUAUUAUUCGACAUAUUACACAAUAAUGUAGGCAAAAUUUGAAAUAUUCCCUCUCCCCACGCCUCACCCCCCUCACUCCUACAAAAAAUAACUCCAAAUUCGGAUUCUACGACCUUGAAAACAUAUUAUUCGACAUAUUACACAAUAAUGUGUGAAAAAUUUGAAAUUUUUUUCUCCCCACGCCUCACCCCCCACUCCUACAAAAAAAAUAACUGCAGAUUCGGAUUCUACGACCUCAAAAACAUAUCAAUCGACAUAUUACACAAUAAUGUAGGAAACAUUUGGAAUUCUCCCCUCCUCACGCCUCACCCCCCACUCCUACAAAAAAAAUAACUCCAGAUUCUGAUUCUACGACCUCGAAAACAUAUCAUUCUACGUAUUACACAUCGAUGAAGUCGAAUCCUGAUUAUCAAUGUUCACUUUUCUGACUUACCCCAUAGCACUAAUUUAGUGGGUAAGUCAGAAAAAGCGAUAUAAAUAAUGAAUAAUUUAAAAUUUAAAAAAAUUGAAUACUUGGGGUUUUACAUUAUUGUUUUAGGAAUACUUUCACUUAUAAUAUCACUUUUACUGAUCAUUUCUUCUGAGGUAAAAAGCAGUUUGAAAAACACUGGUUACAAUUUGAAAUCAAAUUCAAAACAGCAACUAAAAAAGAACCAAUCAAAAGCCUGUAAAAUGAAACUGGGUCGCGAAAUUUUUUAUGCUGUGAUGAAGUAGGGGUAGUACCCUCAAGUUACCCCUGGGUAGCGCUUCGGCAGAUGUAAGCCUCUAAGAGCUAGAGCAGUUUUUCUGACUCACCCCCAAUUCUGACUUCCCCCGGUGCACCUUACAUCAAAUUAAAUUGAAUUGAAAUAAAAUAGA